CAGUACUUCCGGUGCAUGUACCGUGGAGAACCGGAAGUAGAUACUCUAUCGUUCCCACUUCCGGAUCCUUUCUACACGCGCAUCAGGACAGCCGGCAGAAUGAGACCAAUCCUGCUUCAGGGCCAUGAGCGGUCCAUUACCCAGAUCAAGUACAAUAGAGAUGGGGACCUGCUUUUCACAGUUGCUAAGGAUCCAGUGGUGAAUGCUUGGUACUCUGUGAAUGGAGAACGCCUAGGAACCUACAAUGGGCACACAGGAGCAGUGUGGUGUGUGGAUGUUGACUGGGACACACAUCAUGUGCUUUCUGGAUCAGCAGAUAACUCCUGCAGGUUAUGGGACUGUGAAACAGGAAAACAGCUUGCUCUGCUAGAGACAAAUUCAGCUGUUAGAACCUGUGGAUUUGACUUUGGUGGAAAUAUCAUCAUGUUUUCAACAGACAAGCAAAUGGGUUACCAGUGUUUUGUCAACUUCUUUGACCUAAGGGAUCCAUCUCAGAUUGCGGACAAUGAACCUUACAUGAAGAUUAACUGCAGCGAGUCAAAGAUAACUAGUGCUGUUUGGGGACCUCUAGGAGAGAACAUUAUUGCCGGACAUGAAAAUGGAGAGCUGAACCAAUAUAGUGCAAAGUCUGGAGAAAUUGCCAACACUAUUAAAGAACACUCCAAACAGAUUAAUGAUAUUCAGACCUCCAGAGAUAUGACUAUGUUCAUCACUGCCUCCAAAGACUGCAGCGCCAAGCUGUUUGAUACCACAACACUAGAACAUCAGAAAACAUUUCGUACAGAGAGACCAGUAAACUCUGCAGCACUGUCUCCAAUCUAUGAUCAUGUUGUUUUGGGAGGAGGACAGGAAGCCAUGGAUGUAACAACAACGUCCACCAGGAUUGGGAAAUUUGAGGCAAGAUUUUUCCAUGUUGCUGUUGAGGAGGAAUUUGGCAGAGUAAAAGGCCAUUUUGGACCCAUUAACAGUUUAGCAUUCCACCCAGAUGGCAAAAGUUACAGCAGUGGCGGAGAAGAUGGAUAUGUCAGAAUACAUUACUUUGACCAGCAAUAUUUUGACUUUGAGUUUGAAUCUUGAGCUUACAAUGCCUUGUUGGCUGUUUAGAGUAUGUUUAAAGGGGUACUCCAUUGGAAAAUAUUUUCUUUUAAAUCAACUGGUGCCAGAAAGUUAAACAGAUUUGUACAUUACUUCUAUUAAAAAAUCUUAAUCCUUCCAGUACAUAUCAGCUGCCGUAUACUCCAGAGAAAGUUGAGUAACUUCUUUUCUGUCUGACCACAGUGCUCUCUGCUGCCACCUCUGUCCAGGAACUGUCCAGAACAGGGGAGGUUUUCUAUGGGGAUUUGCUCCUACUCUGGACAGUUCCUACAUGGACAGAGGUGUCAGCAGAGAGCACUCUGGUGAGGCAGAAAGAAAAUACAAAAAGAAAAGAACUUCCUCUGUAGUAUACAGCAGCUGAUAAGUACUGAAAGUAUUAAGCUUUUUAAAUAGUAGUAAUUUACAAAUCUGUUUAACUUUCUGGCACCACUUGAUUUAAAGAGAAUGUUUUCCAACAGAGUACCCCUUUAAAAGGAAUCCUAUGACAAAAAAUGUCAUUUGAAAACAGUCCUUUUUUAAGUGAAUAUAAUAAUGGGCUUUACACUUCUGUAAAAUGGGGUUAUAUAGUUGAAAAACAUUCAGUAUUUAGACUAUGUAAUAUAAUUUGUUACAAUGUUGCCAUUGACUCUGGGGAUCAACAGCCCUGGAGGGCACAAACAAAUUUAACCAAUGUGUAUUCUACAUUUCUUCUAUAUGUUGGUGUUAUAUCUCCAACAUAUAAUAUACCUCUGAUAUAUGCCACUGUAUAGCCAUACAGUGCCAUAUAUUGGCCUGGAUGUCAGACAUUUUUGUAUGCACAUGGGUGGCAAAAAAGCUAUAAGACAAUGCCAAACCCUGUUCUCAUGUCUAUCUGAUCUGCUCAAUAUCUCCAUGGAGUAGGCUUGCUGCAUGCAGUGUGACAACGUCCCUGUACUGCGCUGCUUGUCCUGUAUGUGGCCUACUAGUCAAUGGCAUGCAUUACAUAGUUUGAGCUUUUUUUUUUUAGGUAACCCUGUUUUACAUUAAUGUGGAAAUUAUAUAGAAAAUGAAAAGUAAACUUGCCCAGCGUUCUUAAACAGUGGCCUCUGUUUUACAAAGUUGUAAUAAAAUUUAAUGAGACAUAUUCUCACAAUAAUGAAAGAAUUAAAGUGCUAAAUAUAUAGUUAAGCCUUUAAAAAGCUACAGACACCUUUACUUGGUUUGGUUUCGGGAAUGCAGAAUGAAGCAACUUUGGAAAUAAUCUUCAUUAAAAAUUUCCUUCCAUUUGGUUACUUCUGAGAGUUGUCCAUCAGACAGUCUUUCUGCUCUCUGUGUUAAAGAUAACUUUUUCAAAGGCCUCCAUGUCUGUAAAUCAGCACUAUAGGCAAAAAAAAUCUUAUCUACUGCUUUAUUCCUGAAAGCAACGCCAUUCAAUGACUUCAUAAACUCAUAGCUACUGUUGUGUAGAAUACAUCUAUCACACCACAUUUAUUCAUUCUUAUACAUACAAUUUGGCAUUUAACCUAUUCAAAAUACUUUUUCUAAUACUUAAAUACAUUUUUAACAUGUAUUACAAGUCCCUUCCCAGAUGCUGUAAAAUAAUUGUCUACAACAGCUGGGAGUGAACUGUGACCAAAAACUUGAUUCUGAAGUCACAUCAUUAUUUAUGUACGAAAUGUCCACCUUUUAUGCCUAGCAGAUAUACUUCAUGGUCGCAGUGUGAAAGAGGUGUCUCUGUGAGGCUACAAACUCUUUUGAAAUGGAAAAUAAAAGUAAAAUUUGAACAGUC